AUGACGUACAAUAUCGCCAUGGUCAGCGACUUCUUUUUCCCCCAACCCGGCGGCGUUGAAAGCCACAUCUACCAACUCUCGACCAAGCUCAUCGAUCGUGGCCAUAAAGUCGUCAUCAUCACCCAUGCAUAUGAAGGACGAAGUGGUGUUCGAUAUCUUACGAAUGGCCUCAAGGUCUACCACGUACCUUUCUUUGUCAUCUAUAGAGAAACUACUUUCCCGACUGUUUUUUCCUUCUUCCCAAUAUUCAGGAAUAUCAUCCUGAGAGAGCAGAUCGAAAUCGUGCAUGGGCAUGCAAGCUUGAGCAGUCUGUGUCACGAGGCUAUUUUACAUGCCAGGACUAUGGGGCUGAGAACGGUCUUUACCGAUCAUUCGCUUUUUGGGUUCGCGGAUGCUGCGAGUAUCUUGACGAAUAAGCUCCUGAAAUUUACUUUGAGCGAUGUGGAUCAUGUCAUUGGAGUCAGCCACACUUGCAAAGAAAACACAGUCCUGCGAGCUUCAUUGGACCCGCUGAUGGUCUCAGUGAUCCCCAACGCUGUCGUGGCAGAAAAUUUUCAGCCUUUGGCUCUGCAGAACCGUGCGAAAACCCACCAGCCAAUCUCGCAACUUGACGCUCGCCCUCCGCCACCACCGCCUCAACGACUUGGUCCUGAGGAUACUAUUACGAUCGUCGUGAUUUCUAGGCUCUUCUACAACAAAGGCACUGAUCUUCUCAUCGCAGCCAUUCCUCGAAUCCUGGCAGCCGAUUCUCACGUCCGCUUUAUCAUCGCUGGUUCUGGACCCAAAGCUAUAGAUCUAGAGCAGAUGCUCGAACGACGAGUGCUGCAAGAUCGAGUCGAGCUACUCGGACCUGUUCGUCAUGAAGAGGUUCGGGAUGUCAUGGUCCGAGGCCAUAUAUACCUGCAUCCUAGUCUAACCGAAGCCUUUGGUACUGUCAUCGUCGAAGCCGCUAGCUGUGGCUUGUACGUCGUGUGCACUCGUGUAGGGGGCAUACCCGAAGUACUGCCUCCGCAUAUGACUACUUUCGCAAAGCCAGAGGAGGACGAUCUGGUAGCUGCUACAGGCAAAGCAAUCUCAGCUUUGAGAGCUAACAGGAUCCGAACCGAAGGCUUCCACGACCAAGUCAAGAAAAUGUACUCUUGGACCAAUGUCGCAGAGCGAACAGAACGAGUCUACGACGGCAUCACAGGUGCGAUUAGCGAAGAAGAAUUCUACGGCGACGUCUCAGGCGGUGGCUGGUCUGCCACUCGAGGUAGGGCGGGUGUGCAGAGCUUUGCGUUGAUUGAUCGCUUGAAGAGAUACUACGGCUGCGGUAUCUGGGCCGGCAAGCUCUUUUGUCUUUGCGUCAUCAUCGAUUACUUGCUCUUUCAGCUGCUGGAGAUGGUGUUCCCAAGGGCCAACAUCGACAUUUGUAGGAACUGGCCGAAGAAGCGAAGGGAGAGCAGGGACCAGAUUGACGAGGAGUGGGAUGAGGCUAUGCCUUUGAGGAUGGCUAGAAGUCGGGCUUCGUCAAGGAGGCCUGGAAAGCGGCGCUUUUAG